GGCUAUAUCACUGGGAUACUUGGCGAACGAUAGAUUCGAUGAUGCGUACCGCGUUUGUAAAUCCGCUCUGCAGGGCAAGAAGAGGGUCAUCGGCAAGGACAGUGACAAUUUCCAUGAAUGCUUGUCGAUCUUGGCAAUGAUAUACGAGAAGAAAGGAGAUCCACUGGAAGCAGAAGCCGUACGACUUUCGAUUCCCGUCGAAAGGAUGCUACAAAAGAAUACCGUGUCUGGCAAGGAGUAUAUUUUAGCCCACCCGACUCUAAUCAAGUCUGCUUUUGGGGAAAGGGAAAAGGAAAAGAUGUCCACAGAUCAAACAAAGAACGAAAGCACCGAGGCUACGCGAAGUGGCGAAGCUCACGUUGAGCCUGAUCGGUGGGAAGACCUCGUGCCAAGAGCUGCGGUUGAUGGUACAAGCCGUGCAGCGAGAGAUGAGCGAUCUAAAGCACCUAUUAGUUCGACAGAUACCGGGAAAGUAUUCCUUCUUCAAAGUACAGGAACAGAGGAUCUUAUUCCUCGCCAAGGGACUGGACCUCGUUUUUCGAAGGCCGUAAGUGACGAACACUCUGGGAAGCAGGUAGGGGAAUUUGAUAGUGGGAAAGAAGUCGCCGUCGACACAACGGAUGCCAGGGGUACCCCAAAGAAUGGCGUUCCUGCUCCGAAUAUCUUGAGGCCAGGCUCCAAAAUCCCCUAUAUGGAAGCUCUUUACGGUAGAUGGCGCUGGGAGGACCUGCUACUUCCCCCUUAUUCGGAGCAAGGGGCCGAAGAAAACAAAAAUCCGGAUUGGUACUCGACCCUUGAAGUCGUUGUCGAUGAUAUUGACAGAGGCGACAAUGAGGAAGCCCAUAUUGACGUCGACUUGGCCGGAAAUGCUGAUGCCUCAAAUCCACGAUUCCGAUCAGGUACCUCCGGAGGGAGCUCUUUCUACUCGGCCAUGUCCAACAACGUCGCAGCACCAGAGCUGGUCGUAGGAAUUGACUUUGGCAUGACAUUUACGAGUGUCGCAUUUUGUAAUGUAGCAACUGGCGAGCAAAGACCUCGAUGCAUUAACAAAUGGCCAGGAAGAGGAGGUUCAGUGGUUGACAAGGUCCCGACCAUUCUCGUUUAUCCCAAGAAUUCCAGUACCCCAUCGUCGUGGGGUUUCUACUCCGAGCAUCCUAGCGAGGUGAUGAGUCAAGAUAAGGACUGUAAGGACUGGUUCAAAACAUAUCUAGAUGAAGAGAAGCUUCGAGCGGCUUUGAGAGAUCCUAACAAGCACGGCAUAGCGCCAGCAUCAAUCCAAGAAGUUGAGAAGCUGUGCCGCGAUUUCCUGGGCUUCAUAUAUCAAACGAUCCGGACAAAGCUGCAAGGCGAGCUCGCCAACUUAUGGGGGGAAGCACACAUUGAAUUUAUUUUUAGUGUACCAAUGACUUGGAAGCCAGGUCCGACUAUUGAGCGAUACCGGUCGAUUGUACGACAAGCAGGCUUUGGCAGCUGUCCCAAUCAUCGAGCGGAAAUUGGGUUAACUGAAGCUGAAGCAGCCGCGAUGCAUACUGCGCGAGAGUUCCCAAGAUUAUUCAAGGAGCGCGAUAUCUUGCUGGUUUGUGAUAUGGGUGACGGAAUGACGGAUUUAAGCACCUUUCGCAUUGCUAAUAUGGUUGGCGAAUCUCUCAAUCUACAGCAGAUAGACGCUAUUCCCUGUAUAGCAAUCGGAUUUUCAUAUCUUGAUAUUGCUUUCAUGGAUAGCGUAAGGCAACGGCUAUAUCUCGCAGAUCAGAUUAUACCUACAGGACUUCGGCUGCAAGAGUUCGACGAGAUAGCGUUCGAGAUGGCGAGAAGUAAAGAGUACCAAAAUGAGAAGUGUGAAUACGGCUGGGAUAACGACACGGAUUUUUUUACCGUUGCUGUGCCACGGCUCCGACAAGACUAUUCAAACCAAGACGCAUGGAUUAGUAACGGAGAAAUAAAGUUUAGAAGAGACGAAAUACAAAGUUACUUUGAAAUACAGAUUGCAAAGCUUUUCCACAUCCUUGAUAAGCAGCUUAUACGUUUGCAAGAGAACUUUCCAGAUGAACAAGUUGCUCAUCUUAUACUCUCGGGCAGCUUCGGAAAUUCUCCCUACGUAUAUCAACGACUUGUAGACCGAUAUGGAAAUCCCCUCUUCCUAAAUACUCCAUUACUUAUGAUAAAAGUGUGUCCGGAGCCACAACUCAUGGAUGUUGUAUAUAAGAUUUGUGGAAAACCCAUCGUUGUCUGCUAUUCGGCGAAAGAAUUAUUGGACGGCAUGCAAACAAUUUCCUUCGCUCGAAUUGUCACCACAAUAGAAAACAAUGUGCUUAGCAACAAUGAGCUCCUGGAUAAUCCAGAUUCUCCACCAAUACUCGCGUACCAUCAAUCUCCCAAGACUUUCCAACAUGCGCGCCAUGUCUAG